AUGGCCGGGACUACCGAGAAAUGGGAGACUUUGAAGGACGGGUUGGAGAUUUAUACCAAGACUUGGUUGGUAAGUGUGAUAGAUUGAUCAUGGAAACCUCUCUAACUUUGUCACUGUUUGGCUGGGCGUGGGUGAAUCGGUGGUACCUCGGCGGCUGAUAAAUGGGCAAACGACAGACGAAUUCACCCCCGGUCGCACAGAUAUUCUUCAUUCAUGGCUUCUCAGAUCACUGUACUGCCCACGGGUUCUUUUGAGAGGUUUAAUGGUUUGAGAGAGACUAAUAAUGGACAGGUAACACCUACGGCAUCUUCCCGACUACCGUCGCUGCGCAAGGCAUAGAAUUCUACUCUUUUGACCAACGCGGCUGGGGCCUGACGUGCGCACGUUCGAACCAGAAGGACAAAACCACCCGCCACUCGGGCAAUUCUGGCCCCACGUCUCUCGUGCUCUCCGACAUAAGCGAGCUUCUCGGGCCUCGUCUGGCCGCGCGCCCAGGAAUCCCCUGCUACCUUGUCGGCCAUUCGAUGGGCGGUGGGAUAGCAUUGACGUACGCCAUCCACGGCACGUACAAAAAUGUCCUCGCGGGAACAAUUGUCUGGAGUCCCAUGAUCGAUUUCGCGAAGGAGAGCUCCCCGGGCUUUAUUAAGAUUGGUGCAUUGAAACUCGGUGCGACACUGUUCCCGAAUAAGCAGACUGUACAGAGCCUGCCAGCCGAGGAUAUGUCUAGAGACCCUGAGGUCGUGGAGGCGUUCAGGACGGAUCCGCUGUGUCAUGAUACUGGGACGUUGGUUGCGUACGCGGACAUGAUUACCCGUGGACAGGAUUUGAGGAAGGGGCAUGUUGCUUCCAAGUUUUCAGCCGACAAGCCGGUUUUGGUGCUGCACGGGUCUUCGGAUAAGGUAUCUUUCAAAAUUAUUAAUCUUCCAUCCGUUGUGUGGACGUUGGGGAGGUGGGCUAACGAGGGGGCCGAUUCUCCAGAUCACCAACCACAACUCUUCAAAACACUUUGUUGCUAGCCUUGCCCAGGUUAGGGACAGGGAGUUCAAGAGCUUCGACGGGUGGUAUCAUAAACUGCACAACGAACCGGGGGAGGAUAAAGUUACGUUUGCAAAUUAUGUCGCGGCGUGGAUCAUCCAGAGGUCUGCGGGAUCUGUUAGUUCGAAGCUUUGAUGGGUGUUGAAGAAAUGGUGAAUAAAAUGAAUUAAUGGCUGGCGGAGGCGAGUGAUUCGUCAUGACACCUUGCAUUGGAUGGGGUGGGGUGGGUAGUUAGCUCUCUGGGAUCUUGAAUCGGAAGUUCCCGGAUUAGGGAUUGUCCCGUCCGUCAC